UUUGAGCAUACCUUCGUAAAUGUACAAAUUGUGCGUCUGCCUUUUUCUUCUUCACGCACGCGAGUCAAAGAGGCACUUCUUCCCCGAACAAGCAACACAGCCCGAAAAACCCGCCAACAUGCAGCUGUUUGUCCGCGCCGAGCAGACCCACGUCCUUGACGUUGACGAGACCACCUGCGUCUCCGAUGUGCGCUCCUUCGUGGAGUCUGUCGAGGGCAUCCCCGCCUCUGAGCAGUACGUCACAUUCGCCGGUCGCCCCCUCGUCGAUGGCCCUCUCUCCGCCUUUGACGUGACCGAGCUCGCCACCCUCAACGUCGCCCCCCGCGUCCGUGGUGGUAAGGUCCACGGUUCCCUUGCCCGUGCCGGUAAGGUUAAGGGUCAGACCCCCAAGGUUGAGAAGCAGGAGGACAAGAAGAAGGCCAAGACCGGCCGUGCCAAGCGCCGCCAGCAGUACAACAACCGCUUCAACAGCACUGCCAACAACCAGAAGCGCAGCCCCAACUCCAACUCCGCCUAAGUGACCCCUCUUGGCCUCAUUGUUGUUUCGUGCUUCGUUAUGGUUGCACGGGUGUGACGUUGGCUGUGCGGUGGUGCUGCUGCCACUGCGCCGUCCUUUUCUUCAUUUGUUGUUGUUUCAUGUACCCUGGUGAGGUGCGGCCACCGUGAACGCCAUAUGCACGCCUGUUGUACCGCUCUGCUUGCUUGCUUGUCCAACCCACGUUCCGAAUUGUGUUUGGAGUGACAAAUGAACGAGACAAGGCGCUGACAG